AUGGCGCUAGAUCCCCGAUUCUAUCGACACAUCGGCCAUGCGCAUGGGCCGGGGUCAAUCUCAUCAGCAACAUCGUCCGAGUCCUCUGCGUUUACUGGAAUCACAUCGCCUAGCAUGCAUUCAACUUCAGCAUCUGCUGCGACGAUGCGAUCAACAGCAUCUAGUCCUUCUCUGCGAGCCCGAGAAAGCAUUUCUGUCCCGGUCAACCGUCAAGAUGGAAUCGCAAGCUCUGCGCCCGGCGGUAAUGUGCGUGUGGUCGUGCGAGUGCGGAAGUUCCUCCCACGAGAGACCGAACGCCAGGCGGAAUGCUUGAUUGAAAUGGACCCUGUCACCCAGAUGACACGCCUCAAAGCCCCGACACCCAGCGCUGACGACCGUGGCAAGCCCAAAUCCCAAGCUCGAGGGAAGGUCCUUGAGGAUAAGUCCUUUACCUUCGACAAUUCAUUCUGGUCACACGAUGAGCAAGAUGAGCACUAUGCGCACCAAGAAGACGUCUACAAUUGUCUGGGUGAAGAAUUCCUGGACCACAAUUUUGAGGGAUAUCACACUUGUAUCUUUGCCUACGGCCAGACGGGCUCAGGAAAAAGUUAUACAAUGAUGGGUACCCCCGAGCAGCCUGGUCUCAUUCCACGAACCUGCGAGGACCUGUUUGAACGAAUUGAGUCUUCGCCUUCUCCGGAUAUCAGCUACAAUGUCCGUGUAUCUUACUUCGAGGUCUACAAUGAGCAUGUGCGGGAUCUGCUGGUUCCCAGAACGGAUCCACCUCAUUAUCUCCGCAUUCGAGAGUCGCCAUCAGAGGGCCCGUAUGUCAAGGAUUUAACGGAAGUCACGGCGAGGAAUUACACCGAAUUGAUGAAAUUUAUGCGCAAGGGCGAUGUAUCGCGAACUGUGGCAAGUACCAAGAUGAAUGACACAUCAUCACGAUCUCACGCUGUCUUUACGAUUACUCUGAAACAAAUCCACCACGAUCUUUCCACAGACGAGACGACUGAACGAACAGCUCGUAUUCGUUUGGUCGACCUCGCAGGUUCUGAACGGGCCAAAGCAACUGAGGCGACAGGUGCCCGUUUGCGUGAAGGCUCCAACAUCAACAAAUCAUUGACCACGCUCGGCCGAGUCAUCGCAGCCUUGGCUGAUCCGGAGAAAGUUCGCGGGGGCAGGAAAAGCAAGUCGCUGGUCCCAUAUCGAGACUCAAUCCUGACGUGGCUCUUGAAGGAUAGCCUAGGCGGCAAUUCCAAGACAGCCAUGAUUGCUUGCAUUUCUCCAGCCGACUACGAGGAGACCCUCUCAACUCUUCGUUAUGCCGAUCAGGCCAAACACAUCCGCACUCGCGCGCGCGUCAACCAAGACAGCGUCUCGGCUGCCGAACGUGAUCAGCAAAUCGCCGAAAUGGCGGAGACUAUUCGAACACUCCAGUUGAGCGUGAGUCAAGCGCAUGCCAACGCACGUGCGACCGAGCUUCAGGACGAGCGUCUGGAAGAGUACCAACAGAAAGUGGAAAAGAUGCAAAGACUCAUGGAGGAAACCAAGAUGGUCAGCGAGUGUAAAAUUCGUCAGUUGCAGACGGAGAACGAGGCUCUCCGUAUGCAUCUCAAGCUGGCUCUCGAGAGUCUGAAAAACCCUAUUCCUUCCGUCGCCAUCGAGUCGCCCGGGCAAUCGGCCGAGGAAGAAAAUAGUCAGCAAAGCCCGGAAGGAUCUCCAAUCAUCGAUGCGUCUGAAUCCGAGCCAGAGAUUUGGGAGGAUGAAGAUGACGAGGACGACGACGAGACCAUCAUCUUUGGUAACGACGAGAACGAGGCGCAUCAGAUGCAGGAGCGCAUGCAAGACCUGCUUGGUGAUCUUGGUUUAUUCAAACGCAAGCUUGCCUCUGACCACGAGCGUUGGCGUCGUAAUGAUCUUCCAGCAGUCCGCACACGCCGGGUACUCGGAAGCAUUACUUCGAACGCUCUUUAG